UUUUUUUCCCAAUUAAAAUGUUGAUAAAUAUAUAAAAAUAAAACCAUUAGGUCAUGAUAAAGAGUGAGAUUCAGUGAGUGGACUAUUGAAGUCUAUACAAUAUGUUCUCUUCUUUCGAACAUAGCAGGGAGGUCUCUUUCCAGAUUCCUUCAACAACCCAGCAACAACAAGAUCAUCAUAAUCGUCUCACCUCCGUCACCGCCCUCCGUCGUCUUCCCACCGGACCUUUUGAUGAUCAUAAACUUGUACCUUCUCAACAAAAACCAGGCCGUAAGAGAUCAUGCAACAACCUGCAACAACAAGAUCAUCAUCUCGUCGUAGAUUGCGAUGAUGAAAACGAAAAGAAGAAGAAAAGACUGGAGCAUCGGGAGAUCGAAAGAAGAAGAAGACAAGAAAUGGCCAAUCUUUGUUCGUCUCUUCGAUCUCUCCUGCCUCUUGACUUCAUCAAGGGAAGACGGUCGACGUCGGAACACAUGAACCAGGUUGUGAAUUACAUAAAACACUUGGAAGAAAACAUCAAAGGCCUAGAAACCACAAGAGACGAGCUCAAGAAAACUUGCCCCCAUGUUACUGAUUCUUCAAGUGUUCUUCCAAAUAAGAAUAUCGAAAACGAAACUUCGGGUCGGCAUGGUCCGAAUACAGUGACAGUGGGGUGUAGCCAUGGCGGAGUUGAGAUUUUGAUCAAGAGUUGCACAGGGUUUCCCAUUUCAAGAGUGGUGAAAGCACUAGUUCAAGAAGGACUUAAUGUCAUAAGCUGCAAUUCUACCAAAGUCAAUGAAAGAUUUAUCCACUCUAUCCACUCUGAGGUUUCUGAUGAGAUAUGCAUUCAAGUUUCAAUUUUGCAGAAAAAACUGGUAGAAUUAGUGCUUUCAUGACUAGCAGCUCGAUUGAUUUAUAAGGUUAGAUAAAAAUAAUGCUUUCUUCAUCGUUUUAAUCAAUGUUUUGGUACAGUUGAAUCUGCUGUUGUGAAUGAGAUGGUGUUUUCAAUCCUUU